UUCUCACAACAAGGCACUCAUUACGCGCAGUUAGUGGAUGUAUUGGAUGAGUCGGGUCAGCACCGGGUGGCGCAGCGUUUGCGCGAUUUUAACAGCACAUUAAAAUCGUAUCAGUUUGAAAUCAUAUCAACCAUUGGAUCAGGGAACUUUGGCAUAAUAACCGAUUGGGGCAAACAUCUUAUUUAUAAUAUACACCGAGAAGCAUGGUACUUACGGCGACUGAAGUCACAAUAUGUAGUCGGCUAUUACGACAGUUGGGUUGAAGGGAAGACCUUGUUCAUUCAGAUGGAGUUGUGUUUAGACAAUCUUCGCAAUAUAAUUCAUAUGAAGCAACAGAUAUUUAAUAGAAAACCUGAACAACCAAUGACUUUAUACGAGUACUUCAUUUCGUGUGAAAUAUUUAAAGAGAUUUUAGAAUGCGUUCAGUAUUUGCAUGAUUUGAAUCCACCGGUCAUUCACAGAGGUAUUCAUCCAAACAAUAUACUGAUCGCCAAAAAUGUGGUGAACGGAAGAUAUGUGAAUUUGGACUUGCUACACAUCAUCAUCAAGGAUUUCUUGGGCACUGUCUUAAAAACCAACAUGGGCCUCCCUAAAGCGAAAGAGCUGGGUGAUACUGCACACACAAUGGGUUUAGGAGCGGGAUUAUAUCGAGCACCCGAAGUAACCAUGAGCAAAUAUUACAACCACAAAGCUGAUAUCUAUAGUCUAGCAAUAAUUUGCGGUGAGCUAUUUGAUCUGGAUCUUUACAGCGGCGAUUUGGCCCUGGUAGCUAGCGACAUAUUCGAGAUUGACGUGUUUAAAGAUUGGGAAAGUGACUUCCGAUACUCAACUAUAAAUACAAAUAUAAAUGAGCCAGUAUAUUUGUUGAAAAAACUUUUGGACGACAUGUUGGCCCAUAAAUGGCAUAAUAGACCGGAAUGUGAGGAAGUGUUGGCUAAAUAUAACGAGUGGUCUAUCGAUAGGAAUAUUCUGUUAAAUGAUUCAGAAUUUGAUGACAUAUUGGAUAGUAUUGAUAAAAUUGAGACUCAGAUUAGGGAACGGGAUGCCCUUGGGGUUCUGAGAGCACCGGGUGACGGCUGCCAUACAGGUGCCUAUCUUUUUGCGUUUAAGGCAUUCAAGGAUCUCCUUCUGACAGGCGAGCGCCACCUUAUAGCCAAUACAGUCAAUGAACUGAACUACCUGGGUGCCCAAGAUGCGACAAAAGUAAAAUCACAAAUAUUAUGGCAGUUCUCGCAACAGCGCCCUCAUUACGAACAGUUAGUGGAUAUAUUGGAUGAGUCGGGUCAGCACCGGGUGGCGCAAAAGUUGCGCGACUUUAACAGCACAUUAAAAUCACUUCAACUUGAGAUCAUAUCAACUAUCGCAUCGGGGCAAUUUUCAGUGGUCUAUAAAAUGAAACAUAAAACCGAUCAAAAGGCGCACAUAUAUGACCGUUUGGAUACAUAUGACACACAUUGUAUUCAUCGUGAGGCCGGAUAUUUGCGACGACUGCGCUCGCAAUACGUUGUCGAGUAUUACGAUAGUUGGGUCGAAGGGAGCACCUUGUUCAUUCAAAUUGAGUUAUUCUCUCAUAACCUCAUCGACCUACUGAACAUAAAGCCACAAAUGUUUAAUAGAAAAUCGGGACAACCCAUGGAUUUAUACGAGUAUUUCGUUUCGUGUGAGAUAUUCAAAGAGAUCUUAGAAUGCGUUCAGUAUUUACAUGAAUUGAAUCCACCGCACACAACGGGAUUGGGAUAUCCCUUAUAUAGAGCGCCCGAAGUAGAUGUGUAUAAAUAUUAUGACCAUAAAGUGGACAUCUAUAGUGUUGGUCUAAUUGGCGAAAAGAUAUUUGAUUUAGAUCUGUACAGUGACAAUGACAAACAAAUAAGAAAUAUCCACAAGGAAAUGGAGUAUUUGAGUCAAGUUGAUCUCCAAUAUGUGGUCCAGUAUUUCGAUUCGUGGAAAGAAUUAAAUACAGUUUACAUUCAGUUAGAGAUGUGUUCACAGAAUCUGACGAAUAUUCUGGAAAUCAAACCACAAGUAUUCAAACGAUUGCCAAACGAGUCGAUGAAUUCAUACGAAUACAUCAUUUCGUGUGAAAUAUUUAAAGAGAUCUUAGAAUGUGUUCAGUAUUUGCAUGAAAAUAAUUUCAUUCACCGAGACCUCAAACCCGACAAUAUAUUAAUCGCCGACAAUAUACUGAACGGACGAUUCUUAAAGUUAUGUGAUUUCGGUUUAGUUACAGAACACGAUAAUAGCGUUCAUUAUAUAACUGCUUACAAACACACCGCAGACGUGGGAACCAUGAAAUAUAUCGCACCAGAAGUAGCAUCCGACGACAUGUUGGACAGAAAAUGGAAUAAAAGGCCGGAAUGUGCGGAAGUGUUGGCUAAAUAUAACGAGUGGUCUAUCGAUACGGAGAUUCUGUUAAAUGAUUCACAAUUUGAUAACACAUUAGAUAGUAUUCACAAGAUUGAGACUCAGAUUAGGGAAAGGGAUAAAUAA